AUGGAUACCAAAGCUAAUAUGAGCAGUUCAGCAACUAGUAUACAAAAAAAAAUAAGAACUUCUGAUAUUUCACUUAAUUCUAGUCAAACAAAAUUUAAUUUACGAACUCCAAAAGUUUUGGAACAAUCUCUAAAAGUUUUGGAACAAUUCAAGCAAUCAAUCUCUGGUCCUCCAAAUAUUUCAGAACAAUCCAAGAAAUCAGUCUCUAAUUCUCCAAAAGUUAGACCACCUUUUAACAUAGAACUAUUCGAAAGAACUUUAUCUCCUUUUCCUGAAGUGGUUAUACCUCAUUCUCCUUCUGACUUCUCA